AGGAAGAUGGCGGCUGCUACUGGUAGAGUCGACGAAAUGGUCAAAGAUUAUUUACUGUAUCGAGGUUUUACGAGUGCACACAGGACAUUCGAAGCCGAAGUGAAAAAUGAAAAAGAGAGAGGUUUAAGGGCUGACAGGUUAGUUGAACAGUUGUAUGCUUACAUAGUGACCUAUGACCUCACAUCUUUACGUGAAUUUUGGAACAACCUGAAUCAUCGCCUCUUCUCAAGACUGGAGCAGCGAUACAUGCCAAGUGUUCGUAAACUGGAGGUGGGACUGCUGAAGUUCUACAUUGUGUAUGCCUCACAGAAUAACCAUCAGGACAAAGUCCGUGAAUUCUUCGAAAAAAUGACACCAGAAAUUCAGAAUCAGUCUGAAUUUAAGGAUUGGUUCUCUUUCCCUUUCAUCAAGUCCCCAGAGGAGAAUGCAACCUUUGUGAUGUAUUUCACAAAGCCCUGGCAGGAUACCUACUUCCUGUCCCUACACAAUUUCCUAAGUGUCAUCAUUCAGGCCAUGCCUGCUCCUACCCUUCUGAACUUUGACAUUGAGCACAAAAGGAUGAAAAACCUGCAGGAGGAGAAUGACAUGAUGAAACAAAGGCUUCUUAGCUCUACCCCAAAAUCAGAUACCGAAAGCCAGAUGAGAAAUCACCCACCAAAUGAGCCCAUUAGCAGGGGAGCUAACUCUAUGGAUCUUAUCUAUGACUUUUCAGCAUUGGCCGAUGAAAGUUUCGAACAAGAAAAACAACAAAAGACAACACGGAGAUUUCCUAUCAAUUUUUCUGCUCCCCCUCUCCUGGGAAAAAAAUCGACCAAUAGAAGUGGAGGAAACAAUAAUUCAAAGAAAAUUGACCAAACAGCAUCAAAGACAGCAGCUAAACCAUCUGCUAGGGCAAAGGUUCCAAGCAAGCCUGUAAACAUACAGACCAAACAGCUGAAACCCUCGCAGCCCCAGGCAGGGGCAACCCCUCCCCAGGGGCAGUCACGAGGGGGAAAUGGGAGCGCUGAUCAGGUCAAGCAUUUAGUGGACCAUAGUGACCAUGCUAUACAAAGGUCACCAGCCAAGGUUACAGCUGUAGGCCCAGAGGACAUCCAGGGGAGUCCGGGCCUGGCAGUGGGUUUACAUCAAAGACAGAAAGUUAUCGACCAACACAUGAAUGAGAGGGGACAACUCCUGGGUGGUCCUGAACUAAAAAUAGAGAAGAGACCUAGUGAAGGGGACAUCAGUCCAGUGAAGCGAGGAUUGAUCGGGAAAUCAACACCCCCUGUCACCAGAGCCCAAUCAGCUGGAACUACAGACACGCCCAAUGUAACGUCCCACCACACUGCCAGAUCUGUUAGUGUUGUGGAGUCUUCCAAGACCACGGGUCAUCCGAAACAAGUGGAGAUGAUCCAGUUUUCUGCUGAAUCCAAGUCUCCUACAACAGGUGUGGAAUCCUGUCCUUUUCUGCUACUCAGUCAGGAGGAAUAUUGUGAGCACAGAGCUGCGCUGUCCUAUUGUAGGUUCUCGAACACUGGUCAGUAUGUUGCCAGUGUGGACGUGGAUGGAGUGGUCAAAGUUUGGACGUGGAGUCCCCAGCCUACCACCGCAGCCACCGUCAUGUCUAAGUCAGCCUUCCUGUCUCUGGAGUGGGCCAGCAAGUCUGACAGAUGGCUGUUGCUAGGCAACAGAUCAGGAAACAUUCGACUGUUUGAUGUGAAAGAAAUGAAGUCCUUCUAUGAAGCAACAGCUGAUGCUAGCUACCCCAGGGUAAUUAACCUGUGUGCCAGUCCUGCAGGAGGAUCUUUCGUGUGCUCUGCGUCGGUCAAUAGGACUCGGUCAGGAUCUUCAAGUGGAGAAAGUGGCCCAGCACCAUCCAUCAGCAAGGUCGGCAAGCUGACACUGUGGGAUCUACGUACCAUGAAGGUCAAUAAACAACUCCCCAUUGAUCCUGGCCCUAUGGCUGUGAACUGCUGCUCAUUCAACCAUAACGGUCAGCUUCUUUUGACUGGGGCUGCAGAUGGUGUUAUAAGAAUGUAUGACAUCCAGCAGUGUCGUUGUAUCUCACAAUGGGAGGCCCACAACGGGGAAGUCCUGAGUCUCCAGUUCUCAAACGACGAGACCACAUGUUACAGUAUGGGAUCAGACUCAAAGUUUCUACAGUGGAGUGUUCACAAGCCAGGACUUCAGCAGCAGGAACUGUCUAUCCAUCCCGGAGCCUCACUCCCAUUUCUUGCCAGUGGACUCUCCGGAGGAAAAGAAAUACCUAAGGGGAGACUAUUUGCGUUUGAUGGAGAGGGCCAGUAUAUCUUGACCUGUGACAAAAACAAGGGCCUUGUUUAUAAGGUCAAUGGUGAUCUGUCCAGAACAAUGGACCUGAGUGAACACAAGUCUAACUUGACCACUGUCGACUGGUCACCGAGCAUUGACACUCGGGUCUGUCUCACCGGAGCUAUGGAUGGAAAGGUCAAUAUAUGUACUCUGUUGUCACAGUGAAAGGACAUUGUCCAGCAUUCCCCACACAAAUCCCAGGAAGGUCAAGGUUAGAUCUUGCAAUGAAGGUCAAGGCCACCUGGAAAGGUUAAGGUCACCUGGACUUGGUGGCAAUUACAAGCCACUCAAAUGUCAAUGUCGUUUUUAUUUUGACACUUCCUGUUUUAAUACUGUAUACUCGGAAAAUUUUGUUGCAGUUAAACUUGCGCCUUUUUCAUCCUCCCCAAUGAAGGCAAAUCAUAGUUAAUAUUAGUACAAAACAUACAAUGUAUAGAGGUUAUGUGUUAUGGGCAAAAUUAAAACUAGGCAAACAUGGAUUUUAUUGGCAAAAGGCGAAUAUUUGACUGGGCAUAAGUUUCCUGGUAUACAGUAUGUCAAUUGCGCCUUGUUGAAGGGCUUUACCCCAUUAUUAGAACAUCCAUGUACAACUGCAACAGCUUUCACCCUAAAGUGUUCACCCAUUCACCCCUAAAGUCACAUUUGAACCUUAUCAAAUCAAAGACUGGGCAAGUCCAGUUUAAAUAUGUAGGGGUGAAUAAGAUAAGUUAUCUUUUCAUAUCAUGUUACUUACUAUAAGAAGCAUAUCAUAAUACACACACAUAGCUUAAUUUAUUGAGGAAACUGUUGUGAUUGAUGAUAAUUUAUGUCACUGCUUUAGUGGUAAAGUAGCAGUAUACAAUACGUUUCUAUCAGAACGACACACUCUGUGAAUAAUGAUAUAGUUUUGAACACAUGUUGUACUGUUCGUGUUAAAUCAUUAAUUAUCUCGGAGUGGACUUUGUAGUUUUGUCAUUAAUUUGGUUUGUAAUGUUUCUUGUGUCAUGUUGAAUUCCCAAAUUCACUGUAAUGUAAAAACAAUGAAAAAAACACUGCCACAAAAAUUAUCCUGUCUGCAGUAUAUUUGUUGUUCUUGUCUCUUAUCCAAGUAUUAGGUACAUAAAUCAUUUGCUAGGGAAUUUAACUUCAAGCAUUGGCAGUGUUUUGAUGAUAAUUUACACUACGUCACACAUAUCAGAUAUGUAUAGGGAUUGAUAUCAGUUUGAAAAUCUUAAUUAUUGAUAUAAAUAUUUGAAUUGUGAACAUUUUUUGCGAGCUAAAAUAUCAUGUGACCUUGACAUACCAUAUGCUAAAAAAUAACAUGGGAUAGUGUUAUGAUAAUUAACAAGAUGUGAGAAAAAAUAUUGCGCGAGUCUUUGAUGAUAAACAUUUACAUUUGUGCUGCAACCCACGACAUUGUAGAUGAACAUUACCAGCAGAAAUGCAUUUAAUUUUAGUAUGAAAACAAGAAACUCUUGUGACGUAACAUGUGGUUUACUUAUGAUGUCAUAGAUUAACCUUGUUCAAUGUGAGUUUUGUCACUUCGCUUUGAAUAACAUGGAGAAUGCCCUUGUGUCAAAGGCUCAAAUGACCAUGGUUAAUUAUGGGUGCCAAAUUUAUCUAAAUAGGGCUGUUCUGCCAUUGUCGUUAAAUGGACUCAUAUACAAAACUCAGUAAAUAAAUAAAUAAUUUAAGAACAAUGAUAUUAAACAAUUGUUCUACAGUAUAAAAAAAAUGUAACUAUAUGGAUUGAACGACAUUUCUUUUUAAAUUUUCAUGCCAGUAUUAAAAUGUUUUGAAAAUGCUAUUCAAUCCCUAUAUGGACUGCAAAAAAUUGUUUGUAGAUGUAGUGAAACAUAGAAAAUAUAUACAUAUAAUGCAAUAACUAUUGUGCAAUAGGUCUGAAUUAAGGCCAGCUGUCAUUUAGAGUGAGUAUGGAGGUGUUCAGAUGGACUGUUCAAAAAUAGAUACACAUUUUUUAAAAUUUUAAUGCCUGAAAACUCCUCGCACUCAUAUGUUACAAUCAACUCUUUACCAUCAAUUUAAGAAUGUUUAUUCUGAACCUAAAAAGGGGAUCUGGUUUUACGAUCUCGAAGAGAUAGUUCCUUCUGCCAAUAACAACUUGUUUUUCCGAUAUCUUGAUCUCUCAUAUUGGUGAACUUGAUAAAUUUAACAAGGGUGCAUAGUGGAAAAUUACUGUUAAUAUUUUUUGUUUAAGAAAAACAAAUUAAUUAAUAAAGAUAAGGUCAUUAACCGACAUACCAUCACUCUUCUAAGAUAAAAAAUAUAUCAUUUCUUCAUUAGACAUUGGAGUUUCCAGGCAGAUUCAUACACCACAGAGAUAUGCUACUCCAGUUGUUGGUCCUUUAUAUUUAUUCUGGAAAACUUCCUAUCCACUCUUCACUGUAUAUCGUUAUUUUAUACUCUUGUUACGUUUGUCAAUAUGUAUUUAUUUGAUAUUUGUCACAUUCCAGUUGUGGUAUAUUAAGAUGUAAUGCUGUAUUAUUGAAACAGAAAUAUUUCUUUGUGGCCUAAAUUUCAUGAAAACAAAUUCUGUUUUUUAUGGGUGUUUUUUUAAAGCGAUUAAAAUGAAAAUAAUAUAACAACAUAUACUGAUACUAUAUAAAAAUCUGAACUUACUUCAUUUCAAAGCAAAAUAAAUGUUAUAAAUUUACAUCAAAUAUUUUCUUUUUAUUACCGGUAAACUGUGUAAAUUAAAUUACUAGUAAGUCUGUACAUUUGAUCUGUAUUAAAACAGUGAAAUAAUUAUUUAUAUGAUUGAAACAAUGGCUGUCUUCCUGAUAUUGUUUGUGAUAGGGUAGCAGUGUACAGUAGAAAUGGCCCGACUCUGAUAAACAAGGCACAUGUCGAGGAAAUGCGGAUUUACCCUA